AUGGCGACCGACCGCGACGACCACUUUCACGGCUUCGGGACGAGACCAGCCGGAACAAACACCACGACGGUCACGAACGACAUUAGCAACCACCACAAUCGUGCCGGUGGCCGCUCAAAAAGCAGCUCCCUCCUACCCUUUCGGCACCACGCCUCGAGCUCUUCGGAGGACGGCUCAAGCUACCGGCACAACGGAGGGCGCUUCCACCAGGGCCGCAAGCUGUUCGACCGGACGGCCAAGACGCGAGGCCAUAGGAGCAUGGCUAGCAGCGGCGAGGGCGGCGGCGGCGUGUGGCGAGAAUACCGCCGCCAUGCUCGGAGUCAGUCGUCACAAGGCUCCGGCAGCGGCACCGACGAGCACUCGCCGACUGACUUGACGACGUCGUUUUCCUCCAUGACCAAGGAAGAAUUCGAGGCACUACCCGCCACGAUACAAAGAAAGGUGAGCCGAAAAUUGAUUUAA